UCAUGCAGCCUCUGUAACUAAGGCUCCUGAGGCCUAUAGCAACGCAAACGGAAGCUGCCGCCUACACGUAGAUUGACACUUCAAUCCUCCAAUCCGUACGCGGAACCUGACCUUAGCAACCAAUCAGGAUACAGCAUGUCAGGUCAAUGGGCGUUGCUUCCUGCGGCCUUGGUAACCGCAUGGUAACCCGCUGUAGAGCUGUGGAUUCCCGCUCACGCUUGGAGUAAGACUCAGGAGCUGGCGGAAGCAGUCUCCACACGCCGCACUAGCGCAGCUUCCUGUCCGCAGUCCUAUUCCCAGCACCAUGAAGAUCGAGGAGGUGAAGAGCACCACGAAGACCCAGCGCAUCGCCACCCACAGCCAUGUCAAGGGCCUCGGCUUGGAUGAGAACGGGCUGGCCAAGCAGGCGGCGGCUGGGCUGGUUGGUCAGGAGAAUGCCCGGGAGGCAUGCGGGAUAAUAGUAGAGUUAAUUAAAAGCAAGAAAAUGGCUGGAAGAGCAGUGCUGCUUGCUGGACCUCCUGGAACUGGCAAGACUGCUUUGGCUCUAGCCAUUGCUCAGGAGUUGGGCAGCAAAGUUCCUUUUUGUCCUAUGGUUGGGAGUGAAGUCUAUUCCACAGAGAUUAAGAAAACUGAAGUAUUAAUGGAGAAUUUCCGAAGAGCGAUUGGUCUUAGAAUUCGUGAAACAAAAGAAGUGUACGAAGGAGAGGUGACAGAAUUAACCCCAUGUGAGACUGAGAAUCCAAUGGGUGGCUAUGGCAAAACAAUCAGCCAUGUUAUUAUAGGCCUAAAAACUGCAAAAGGAACCAAACAGUUAAAGCUGGAUCCCAGCAUCUAUGAGAGUUUACAGAAGGAGCGAGUGGAAGUUGGGGAUGUCAUCUACAUUGAAGCAAACAGUGGUGCAGUAAAGAGGCAGGGCAGGUGUGACACCUAUGCCACAGAGUUUGACCUUGAAGCAGAGGAGUACGUGCCCUUGCCAAAGGGCGAUGUCCACAAGAAGAAAGAGGUGAUUCAGGAUGUCACAUUACAUGACCUGGAUGUGGCGAAUGCAAGGCCUCAGGGAGGACAAGACAUUCUGUCUAUGAUGGGGCAGCUGAUGAAGCCAAAGAAAACAGAAAUCACAGAUAAACUGAGAGGCGAAAUCAACAAAGUGGUGAACAAAUACAUUGACCAGGGCAUUGCAGAGCUUGUUCCCGGAGUGCUUUUUAUUGAUGAAGUUCACAUGCUAGACAUUGAAUGUUUUACUUAUCUCCACCGAGCCCUGGAAUCAUCACUCGCCCCCAUUGUCAUCUUCGCUACUAACCGAGGGAACUGCGUCAUAAGAGGCACUGAGGAUGUGGUUUCCCCUCACGGGAUCCCUCUGGACCUGCUGGAUAGAGUGAUGAUUAUCCGCACCAUGCUUUACACCCCUCAGGAAAUGAAGCAGAUUAUAAAGAUCCGCGCACAGACUGAAGGGAUUACCAUUAGCGAGGAAGCCUUAAAUCACUUGGGAGAGAUCGGCACCAAGACAACAUUAAGAUACUCUGUCCAGCUGCUGACCCCAGCUAACCUCCUCGCUAAAAUCAAUGGCAAAGACAGCAUUGAGAAAGAACAUGUGGAAGAAAUCAAUGAACUGUUCUACGACGCAAAAUCAUCUGCUAAAAUAUUGGCUGAGCAACAGGAGAAGUAUAUGAAAUAAGAAAACAAGAAUCCUCUUUGGAUAUCUUCCUCCAUUAACUGUCAUAUGAUGAACUGUUUUUUUGAACUGAAAUUAUACUAGGGAAGGCCUCACAGGAUGGCUGUGUCCCCUAUUCCUGGGCUGGAAAAGACAAACAUUGUAAAAUGUAUUUAAUUGUCAUUUUUCUGCUAUAAAUGUUUUAUAUUGAAACCUAAAAACAUAUUUUUUUUUUUUUCCUUCAUUAUCUGCAUUUUGAAAGUCUUCAGCCAGGUAAACAGAUUAAUUGUUGCAUGGUAAAUCUGGCACCAGCCCCUUUAAGAUAUACAAAGUAGCCUGAGCCUGGCAUGUGAAUAUAACGGAUUAAAGAGGAGAAAUGCUUUCUAGAGUUAUUCCCCAGCACCUGUGCAAUUAUCAAAUCCAUCUCCGCCAUGAAGUUUUUACAACCAAAUUGCCAAGGCUGGUAAGAAGCUUUCCGAUUCAUUAUGUGCGGGAAGCAGGCCCUGCCGAAAAAGGACAUAUUAGUUACAUCUUAUCAGGCUGACACCUAGUCUCGCAACAAUUACAGCAGACACAUAUAUUCUGAAAUUUCAAUUUCAGUGAAGAAAAAAAAAAAGUUAAGAUGGUGGCGGAGGUGAGGGAGGGUGGAACAGCCUUUGGAUUUUGCAUACAGUAAGUGAGAGCACAGCUGUAGGUGGUGCAGCUGGAAAAUAAAUAACAAUAUCUAUACAUUAUCCUCCAUUUUGCUGUCUGUGGCAAAUGUAUUGACUUCUUGCUCAGGAGAUAGUCCUCAUUUUUUAUUGUGGUUAUAAGAACAGAAGAAAGAUUACUACAGCUGCGUGUUCUUAUUUACCUUUAGCGCUCCUUUAUCUCGGCCAUGCAUUUGAUAUAAAUGUUUACAGGCUAAUUGAAGAUAAUUUAAAAAAAAAAAUCCCAUAGGCAGCAUUUAAAGGAUCCUAUAGGGUCGUGUACACACUGGAAUAGCUUGUGAAGCCAGAUAAUUUUACUAUUUUGAUUUGUAAAUUGAUGCCGGAUACACCUGGUCUUACUACUUCCCCUCUGUAAGCCUGUGAUUUGUGUGUAUUAUACAAGUAAUUCCAUGAAACUAGAAAAAAAAGGUUUUUAAGGAUGUUAUAAAAAAAAAAAAAAGUCCAAACAAUGGAAUCUGCAAUGCUUUGUUCCCAAAUGUAAAGUAAUUCACUUGAAGCAAAUAAAUCUUAUUGCUAGUUCUGUGUUAAAGACUUCAGAAGAGAAGGUUUUAGGGGUAAUUGAUUUCUGACAGCCUCCAAAUGAGUCAACAAUGUAGCCAGGUGAUAGGACCCCCGGACAGGCAGGGGGAGAGAAGCGGUUGGCGGCGGCGGUCUAUGGCACCGCAAAAGCCACUGCAGUGCAUUGGUUUAAAGCGCCCGCUUUAAAUCAAUGAUCUGUAGCAGUGUCGCGGGGGGAUAAACAGCCAAUAACUUAUACCGGAAUAUCGGUAUAAGUUAUCGGUAUCGGCCCUAAAAAAAGAUAUCGGUCGAUCCCUACCAUCUAUUCAUAUGCGGCCCAUCCACUGGUACAGCAUUGACAUCGGGAAAAUCACGCUAUAGUGCAACGGAGAGCCUCUCCUUCUGAGCGGUGCACUAUCACCCUGUCUUCUGUGCCUCAAAACGCCUCCAAAGUGCAUUCACAUAAAAAGCAUAAAGUUCAAAGAAAGAGAAAAUAGGGGGAGCACUCGCAAUACUGGGUUUGAUGAAAGUGCAGGAAAGCCUUUAAUCAGGUGCAGCAGACAUAAAACGGCUGGACGCCAGGACACCCCGCAACAUGGGUAAGCAGCUUUCACGCCAAACACAGGGCGCUUCUUCAGACCACUCCCCUUCCGACACCUGACCAGGUAAAUACACCUCUUUUUGUCACAUGACGGAAGGGGGCGUUUACAAACAAAAGGUAAAAAACGCAUUGCUGCGGGAGCACAC